AUGUCAGAUACUGGAUUGCGGGAUUCGGGGCCGCGAUUAGAGGAGAGACUGCCGGAGGAUCAGGAUAAGCACGUGAUUUCUUCUGACGCUAAUGCAGCGGGAAAUCACACUGGGGAUAGUUUCGCCGAAAGUCAUGACCAUAACGGACAAGCACACAGCAGUACUAAUGGCCAGGCAAACUUUAUAGAACUGACACUCCCUUUCGAAUGCGAUGAAUGCCCUCGAUCAUUCUAUAGGGCUAAAGAUUUACAAUGGCACCGAUACAAACAUGCGACCGGCCUGGUCUUUAGUUGCGAUGAUUGUGAGGGUAUGUUUCCGACAAAUGAUGAUUUUGAAAAACAUAUGUCUAUGGGUUGCGAAAAGACUCGAAGUAGGCAGCAGCCAGAGAAAGUCAUACCUUCCAGCAUUCCGUUAGACAUGCAAAGAUAUGUUCCGUCUCUUCCUAAUCACGAACCAAAACCUCACGACUUUGCGGGCCUGAAGACAGCCUCACUUAAUAGAGACCCUUCAGACCUUGACCCAAGAAAUAGUACUUAUAUCGCACGCCGACGAAAAUCACUGAUCUCAGAGAAGCUGCCUACCGCAACUAAUCAUGCCUUUGGCUCUCCGCCGUCUCAAUCCAUACCAGAUCUUGUUUUUCUCAAUGAUCCGGAGCUUUCAGCUGUAAGUAAUUCUCCUUCGGUGGAGACACCUCAGCCAAGGUGGGAUGACUUGACGAGAGAGGCUUUCGAAACUUUUGAAGAGAUGAACAGCCGGCAUCGUAGGGAAUAUGAUGAUUUACAACGGCGUAUAACUCAAAAGAAAUACCUUGCAACGGAUAUAACUAGAGAUGAUAUCAAUAGACAAUGUGAUGAAUUAAAACGGCGUUUGAAGAAACGACAAUAUAUGGAAACACCGUUACUGGUAGAUUCAGAUACCCGGAACCGCCGAAUAUCAAAAGAGCUAAAAGCAACUGAGUCAAAAGCUUAUGCUGCAACAAUGUCUAGCAUUGAUUCAGAAUUACAAUGGAUGGAGACUGAAAAGGCUCUUCUACAGACUCUCGAGGCUAAGGAGCGAGAACUUGGCCCGGACAACAUAUCUACCAUCGAUACAGUAAAAAAUACUGCGCGCGUCUACUUCGAGCAAGGAAAACUGGUCGAAGCAGAAGAUAUGUUCUUACGAGCUUUAUACGGAUAUCAAAGUGUCAGCGGUCCUACACAAGUUCUUAUCAAUGGCAUAAUAAACAAUCUCGGUCGUGUCUAUUACCGGCAAGGUAACAUGGCUAAAGCCGAGAAGAUGUAUGUUCAAGCGCUGUCUAGUUUUGAAAGAUAUCUGGGAAGCAAUCACCCUACAACUCGCAAUACCGCAAAUCGGCUCGGUCAUGUUUAUCAAAAGCAAGGUAAGCUCCAGGAAGCACAAGAAUUGUUUGAAAAGUCGACGGCCCCGGAAGCAGAUUCAUCUAGCGAUUUGGUCAAAGAUAGUACUGCAGGAUUCAAUCACUUGAAACCGGAUGCCACACGAAUCGAUAACCUCACAGGUACGAGGAAGUUCACCAGCGAUAAUAUUCGAGACCUGGGGAUGGUCUUUCGAGAUAAUGAUCCCUCACAGAAUGUCAACUCCAAGAAUCAAAGUGAUACUAUGCCAUGGGCAACUUCUGAAGAUGCUUGCUUGCUACGAACUAUUGCCCGUAUUGGCUUGGAAGAUUGGCCCGCUGUCUCGGCAGUGGUCGACACGAAAACUUCCGAGCAGUGUCAUCAUCGUUAUCUCAAAUUUGAGAAAAGUUUCGGAAUUGAUCCGACUUCUUGUGACAAGUCUUCACAGAUUAAGUUCUUCAUGGGUGCUGUUGAGACAGGAUCUUCAACGGAAUUGGCCCAUUGGUUGCGAAAUCAUAGAGGCACUUCAGAAGAUGAGGAUGAUGUUGGAUUACAGUGGGAAAAGGGUGGUGUCAAAGUUGAAGAAAGAAGCCUGGAAAGAACUUCCGUGUCUGGGUCCAUCUCUCCAAAUGCGGGUAGAUCCUUCAACAUCAACGAUGAGAGAAUCGCCCAUUGGAACGACGACAUUGUUCAAUCAAGCCCAAAUGAUAACAGACGAAGAUCAAGCCAGUUAUCUGCCAAAUUUGGUGAUAACAGUCAUGGAUAUACAAAUGUAGAAUUGUCUGCACUUGAACUCGAUAUCGAAAAUCGUAAGGAUGAACGUCUUCUAAAACGCCCCACUCGCAAUGAAACACCAACCCGAAAAUUCGAACAAAAUGCUAAGUUAGAACAUGGUGGAGAUCUACCGAGUGAAGAAGAUAAGAUUUGGCUAAAGGAAGUUGAGGAAGUAGUGCUGAAUUACAAACUACCUGCGGGGCUCAACGAGGAAUUAGCUUUCGGUAUCCAAGAGCAAGCUCACACGGAGACACACCAUCCUUCGAAAGCAAUAGAGGUUCUUGAAAUGGUCGGACAAACUGCAACAGAGCCACACAUGGAUUCUAGUUUCCCAAGGACCCAAAGCAAAAGUCUAGAAUCUGCAAUCUCAGUUAGGGAACAUGAACUUGAUGGUCCAUUAUUAGAUGAGGAAGAGUUGAACCUCCUCAAAAGGGUAAAGCCCAGACGGCUGAACAUAUUAGAGACAAUAGGUGAUGAAUUUUCAUCACGGUCCCAAUCAGAACUACUCAAUUUGGAAACUCUUUCACUAAAAUCUCUCGUUGCGGACAUACCUGAAAGAUCGACAAAUUCUACCACAAUUCCUGCCGAUGAUUCACAGGCCCAGGCUAAGCAUGACAAUGCAAUCAAUGUGGAAUGGGAUAAGAGCAACCAACCAGAGAGACACGGAAAGGCCAUUGCCUCGUUUAACUUCCAAUCAGAGAAUGAUAAUGAACUAACGAUAGUAGAAAGGCAAGUCCUUGAAAUUUCAUAUCGACAUGGACAAGACUGGCUUGUGGCAAAAGAUCUCAAGACAAAUAAAAGUGGAUUGGUUCCUGAAAAACAUAUUUACAUGCUGGACAAAUUGUCUCGCGGCGUUAACUCGCAAGAUAUUGAAGAGAAAUUGACAGAACUGGCGACCGAUCUUGCUAAAACGACAUUAGAGAAGUCCCAAUGGUUCGGUAAUAUGGAUGGUAGCGAUCUGGAACAUGCGAUAACAAUGUUAGGCAAUGAAGUCCGAAGUAAAUUACAUGGACAAGGUUGGCCGAGAACAAAAUUGGAAAUGCAUAGAGAGGUCCAUAUGAAAACCUUUCGCGAUCUUCUUGCGCACAACCGAAAGGAGCAGAGCUUUGAAUUCUCAAAGACUUCACCCUCAUUUUCGACUGAAGAUGACAUAAGCGCUGAUGAUCAUCCAAGCCUACCUCUGAAUGAGGACGAUAUUCCCGACGACCAAAGCGAUAAUUCUUUUGAAUUCUCGGCUACGGAAUCUGUAGUAUCAGUUGCGGAUAGUAGAUUCUCCUCAAUAUCACUCGCUACUGGUUCCUCCAUGUCAUCUCUAUCGGUUUCUCAGACUGCAACUGAUCGCUUGGUGCGUCUGCUUCUCGAGGACACGGUUAUAAAACCACUUUGUGAAGAUGCAUUGCGAGAAACAGGAAUGUCUCGAGAACGGUUCGAGCGAAACUUGGGUCGUCUACUAAAAGGCUUUGCCGUUGAAUUACGAAAAGAAGCUCAAACUCGGGAAGAGCGACAGGCCGCGCAUCUUGUUCGCUUCCGUGCGAGGAACUCUGCAAAUAUGAUAUGUAGCACUCUCCAAACAGAAAGAGGACCAAAAAGCGCGGCCACUGGCGUUAGGGGCGCAGUCCUUCCGAUUGUCGAAGCAGAAGAGACAGAAGGCGAUUUAGACGUGGAAGACGAUUCAGACAGUGCAUCUGGAAGCUCUGAUGCACCGGAUGAUUUCCAACACCUUGAGAAUUUUGUCAGAGACUCUCAAGCUUUCAAGUUGUUCCGUGAGAAAUUACGGGUCUUUAUUCAUCCACAAAAGUCACAGCCAAUAAUGGCAUCAAUCUCAACGGUAACUAGCCGACGGAAUAGCUUAUCAUCAAAGCAAAACGCCUUGGCGACUGCAUUGCCUGAACUGCUCGAAGACGUCAACGGAGAACUUAUUUUGACUUCUACGAAUGUAGAGGAAAGUACGAAUGUUCUCAUGGCGUUGGAUGAAAUCCAACAAUCUUCAUCAAACCUGAAGUUAGAGAUAUUGCAAAAGAUGUAUCAACCAAUCUCGCAAAAGUUGACACUCUUAGCUAGCGUCAUUCCGAUAUGGAAGAGGCCACCGGUCCCAACAGGAAAGACAAGGAUCGAAUGGCGUUGUAAAUGCGGACACAAAAUUUACGAUGACUUUACAGAACUUCGUCCUGGUGCGGCAAACCGACUCAAACAGAUUCUCGCGAGCCACGACUCAGAGAGGACUAACACUAGCCGUAUUUCGACUAUUAGUAGCUGUAAUCGAUCUUUAUCGAGCAGCUUCUCCACCAUGCUUACACUCUGGACCUCGAAUUCUUCCCGGAAAAGUCUCGAAUCCGGACUCCCAACUCACGAACCACCGACGAGUCAGGUCGAUCCGAAUAAUCCAAAAGCAGCAGAACCAACACCGCUUCCAGUGGAGCUCUUAUACCUUCUUCUGUGCUACCCCUCCGGCCGCUACGCUACUCGGCUUUUACAGCUAGACCUUCAUAAUCUUGAGGCCAAUUCCGAUCAGUCACUUUUCACUAUUCUGCGCUCCAAUUACAAAUCAAUGAGAGGUCGGUUUUACAAUCUCAUAUCAUUAAAAACACUCAAAUCAAUAAAAUUCGUCCACUUCGAGAUGUACCGCAGUUCCCUCAUUGACGUUCGUCAAAAAGACGUUAUACCACCUCCCGGUCACAUUGAAUAUCGUUACUCACCUGCACCCCCCGAAGUGAUCCCCCCAAUCGGAGAUAACCACCUCAUGCAUCUUUUUCUACACCCCUCACAUGCCGACGAAGAUAGCGUAUGCCUUGAUCGCUUCCCGAAAAAGUUAAAAGAGAAACUCUAUUGUAAAAAAGGACAACCUACGAACUUUGGCUGGGGACUAGAGUUUGUGGAAGGUUGGGAUAUGAAAAGUAUUUGGAUCAUUGCAUUUAUCAUAUUUGGACUUGGGAGCUUUCUGCUCGGAACUCUCUGGGCAGUGUAUAAACAUAGUGUUCAGGAUGCUUUCGCAAUUGCGGGAUAUAUGGUUAGCUUUGCCGCGAUUAGUGUGGGAGCUGUGCAAAGCUUGUUGGUUAUGUGA